AUGAGGCCCGCGCUGCUCGCCAGGCCCCUUCCGCCUUGCCGCCCAGCAGUCCGCCACGUGUCGGACUCCAUUCGGCUCACGCCCAUCGACCGGUCGCAGAAGCCCGCGCGCUCGUCCGCGGACCUCGUGCCGCACCGGUCCUACCGCUUGCGCGUGCCGCUCUUGAAAAGCCCGUCGCACUUGGGUCACUACUCGUCGCGCGGCAACCGCCUCUCCAACGAGGACACGUACAGCGCGUGCGUACUCGACUUGGCCGGGCGCACGGUGUUCAGCUUCGCCGUUUUCGACGGCCACGGCGGCAGCCAAUGCCUGCGGUUUCUCCAGGCCCGCCUCGCGGGCUUCGCGGAGGGAGCAUCGCCGCUCGUGGCCAGCGGGCCCGCGGGCGACGCGGCUCGCUCCGCGCUCUUGCGCAAGUACAAGGACGACAUCGGCGGCUACUGGCGCCGCUGGUUCCGGCACAAGGACGCCAACCUCGAGGCGCUCCGGCACGCCGCGCCGCAGGUGGCAGCGUUGCAGAACAUCGCGGUGCCGCCCGAUGACUUGAUGCUACGGCUCCCGUUGGCGCACCUCGCCGCGGACUACGGCUUCUUCGCCCAGGACGACAACGCGCUGGGCUCCACGUGCACGGCCGCGUACUUGGAGACCGUGCACGCCGGCGACAAGGGCGCGUUCCUGCCCGUGUAUGAGAGCCACUUCUUCAACCGCAACACCGUGUCGCGCUUGACCGUGGCGCAGGUGGGCGACACCAAGGCCAUCUUGGUGGACCGCCACGGCGCGGCGCACGCGCUCACGCAGGCCCACCACCCGUCCAACCCGGCCGAGGCCGCGCGCCUCCGCCGCUACCUGGCCAGCCACUUCAUGACCGACUCGUUCGGCGAAGAGCGCUUCGUGUCCUUGGCCAACACGCGCGCGUUCGGCGACCUCCAGUUCAAGGAGAUGGGCGUGACGGCUGAGCCAGACGUGGCGCAGAUGGUCGUGGGCGACGCGCACACCAUCCUGGCCACGCUCACGCCCGCAGAGAUCGCGGCCCACACGGUCGGCGGCCUCGGCGGCGACGAGGCCUUCCUCCUCUUGUGCACGGACGGCGUCACCAACGAGCUCACGGACCAGGAGAUCGCGGACAUCGUCAUGGUCAACUUCAACAUGCGCGGCCACCUCGCGGCCUCGCCGCAGUCGUGCGCCGAGGAGGUGGUCAGGUUCGUCGAGUACAUUGGCGGCGACGACAACGCCACGUGCAUCGUGCUCCGGCUCAGUGGCUGGGGCCGCUGGCCGCUCCGCGACCGCACGGGCCUGUUGCGCCAAGAACGCUUGGACGCGUACCAGCCGCGCGACCGCGGCUGA